GAUACUGUGAUAUUUUGACAAGCGGCUGGUUUAAAUUGAAAAAAAUUAAUGGAGAAUCCAGUACGAAAGAAAACUCGGAAGGGAAAAUGUAAUGUACCCAAAAACAAUGAUAGUUCAACGCAGAAUAAUGAAAAUACAUUUGAUUCGAGUACUUAUCUAACCUACGAUAUUUUGAGAAUUGUUGUUCAAUAUCUAAAUGCCAAGGACCUAGCGAGCGCUGCAAGGGUGUGCAGAUCUUGGUUAGAAGCUGUGAAUAAUGAGAAACGGACACGAAGAGGCCCUUGUUGCUUUAUACAACUUUACGAACCACAACGGUUGUUUGUUGAUUUUUUAGGUAAUGUCCAGAAUCCACGAGUCAAACCAUCAGUUGGUUUCUUUUUUAUUCCUCAUAAUAUACCACGCAAUAUAGAAGAAAACAUAGAGGCUUUGCUACCUAAACAUUGUGAGACUAUAGUGUUAUAUAGUAAAGGUAUUAUUAUGGAUGAAGAGAUGGAAGAUCCAUAUCCAUAUAUUGUAUGCGCAUUUUUACCACAAAUCCCAAAUGUGAGAAUAAAAUCAAUUAAAUUAGCAGAACAUUAUAACUUAAUGAAAACACCUGAAUAUCAGGAAAUAAUGAACACAAUUGUUGAUCGUGAAUCAGUAUCAAAUCAUGAAACGUGUUUCAUGUUAUUCUCUAAUAUGGAAGGUUGUACCACAGCAAUACGUUGGUCCGAAGUUAUAGAAAAAAGCAAAGGAGAUGAAAUAGUUUCUGUAUGGGGUGGUGUGUUGAAAGAUCUUUAUGUACAACGUACACACAGUGAUAAUUUAAACAAAAGACAAAUGAGACGUAGAUCACUUCGAAGAAUGAAUAUACCAUAUUGUAUUGCUGUCUUGAUCACUGGUCCUAUACAGACGUGGUCCAUUAUUUUAGAAAACCGUACAAAGGAGCAAGCUGAAGCAAGAUUAAAGUUAUUUAAGGAUGAAGUGAAGUUAAAGAAACAUUCCAUAGGAUUUAUGUUUAUAUGCGUAGCUCGUGGAAAUGACAUGUAUAAUGAAUCUAAUGUAGAAUCAACAAUAUUCAAAAAAUUAUUCCCCAAAGUACCUUUAGUAGGUUGCUUUGGUUAUGGCGAAUUUGGAAAAUCCACCGUUUGUGAAAUAAAGAAAGAAAAAAGAGACGAGGCUAGUUGGAGAACAGGAACUUGGACUAAUGAAUUCUGUACUGUAUUUCUGAUACUUACGUACGGUUGA